ACACCAAUAUUGAUCAGACCUUGCGAAGCCGGCUAAAUUUGGAUUUGGGUGUGCAGACCCGCAUAGUUUAUUCCAGCCCAGUUGUAUUUUGUGAUUAGCUGUAGGUAAAAUUAUCUCUCCUCACAACAAAACAAAUAUUUCGUCCUACGCAUACCAUUUCAAACCAAGAAAGCGGGCAAUUGUGAAUCGUAGCUAUCGCAAACAUUUACCCAUCCAGAGAAAGCAGUGAAAUUUUUGACAAGUGGAAUCGUAAGUUGUAUUCAUUGUGCUUAUUACUUGUUUACGCUUCUCAGAAGGCAAAGGUUUUGUGAAUUUACUGGUCGGGAAUACCACGGUAAUUAAAACAUAAAAUUGGUGGUUUAAUGUGAACGCGAAGGCGCUUGAAUUGUGUGGUAAAGGAAGGCACAAGGAUUAACCCAGCUCUUCCCGAAAGGGAACAACGAUACAUACAGCACGAUGGAGCGAUUUUCGAUCAGUUUCCUCUGCCAGCAAGUGUACAAUAUUUGCCGUCUAUGCGGUGUGGAUAAUCCGGAUAAGAUUCCAAUAUUAGGCGCAGAAGAUGUUAUUUUCAUUUCGGAAUCCGAUGAACCGACAUUGGCAAAAAAGAUUGAGCAAUGUGUAGGAAUAAAGGUUGAUCUGAAUGAUAAAAUGCCGCAGAACAUUUGUUCACUGUGCGUGGACAAGGUGAACGAUUUCCACGAGUACCGUUUGAUGUGCGAAGCUACAAAUAUUCAGACACGAAGAUUCCUCAAUUUGCCCAUGGUGGUGCCUGCUCCAUCGUUGCCGAAAGCCGAACCAGAAAGCCCUGCUGAGGUAACACAAGUUGAUGAAGACGUAGAUGUGAAACCGAAUGAUAAACGUGGACCGAAAACAAGGAACAGGAAGAAACAACCAGAGGCUGAUGAGCCGGCUAGCAGUGAAGAAGCCGACAGCAAACCAUUUCAAGAUGGUCCUAGUGAAAAGCGCGCAAAGUACGACUACCCGUGCCAGUACUGUAAUGAGUCGUACAGCCAGAGCACCGAACUGGAGCGUCAUCGCGUCGUAAAGCACACGCCGCUAGUGCACAAAUUUGGUUGUGGGUCUUGUAUGGAGUAUUUCGAUACGGCGUCGGAGUUUCAGGACCACAAUCUUUGGCACAAGCUAACACGAACGUCAUUUGGCUGUUUCCGAUGUGGCAAGAAGUUUGUUAAACUCAAUACACUAAACAAACAUGUGUCGGUAAAUGCUUGUAUACGGCAACCCCGAGUAGCGCAUGAAGUCACCCUCGUGCCCGAUAUGCAAUGCACGUUAUGUCACAAAAUAUUCAAAACGCGAAACCUGUACGAGUGGCAUAAAUGUUUCAUGCGCGCUCGAGCCAACUGUCCGAAGUGUGGUAAACAUUUUCUCAAGAAAAAUCUACUCCUCCGCCACUUUAUGCUGUACUGUACCGGUACGAUUCCGUUGUUGGAGCCGUAUAUCGUACCGAAAGAUGAACCGGCUUCCGGAUCAGUGAAUGGUCUGGUAGCAGGCGUUGGUACGGAAGUAAAAAGAAGAGGCCGUCCGUCACGUGCGGCUGAAAAAAUGAAAGAGGAAAUGAUAGAUCUGCCAUUCCCACCGCUGCUGGAUCUACCGGAUGUUAAAUCAGAGUCCAACUCCAUUGCGGACGGUCACAUGUCGUCCGAGGGUACAUUGUCGGGCGCCGAAACGCGGGAAACCCAGAAACGAUCUUCGCUGAUCAAGGAGACGGACAAAAUAACAACACUUUUGCGUUCGGGCGAAUCGGUUGAUGGAAACACGGACAUAAACACCAUCAACAGUAUGCUGUCGUCGGUGAAUGAAGCAAUCGCUACCAUUUCGAAGGUGCGCAAAAAGAAAAAGAAAAGAGAUCGUUUGUCGUCGCCCGGUGCCGAUAAAGCAGGUGAGGGUUCCAACACGCCGAUGGUGGUACUGUCGAUGGCCAACGUUAAGCAGGAAAUGUAUGAAGAUUCCAACAUGUUGGGCACAUUGUCUACAAACCGUGACCGUGUUGACCAUCUGGCUGAGGAAGGUGCAGAAUCCGAUAACAGCGUAGACGAUUAUGGCAAUGGUGGCGAUAGUUUUGCGCAUCAUAAUGAUGGUGGUGACAGUGAUAGUGAUGUUGAGAUAAUUAGUGUGGAAUAUAAUAACCAACCGCUCAGUUCCGGAAGGCCUUUUGCUACCAACUGGGGUCCGAUUAACACUCAGGUAGCGGAGAUCGUUACCGAACCAACGCAACCGUUCGGGAUUCAGGUUAAACAAGAACCAAUGGCCACUGACGAUGGAGAUGAGUCAGAUUUUGAAGGAUACGAAGAUGCUUCCAUGUUUGUUGCUGUUAAGCAAGAGCUUAUGGAGGAAACGGCUGAAACGACGGAAACGGCGGAAACGACGGAAACGGCGGAAACGGCUCCGGUUGAGCAAUGUUCUGUGAUGGAAAAACAAUCCAAACCACCGUUUUCAUCGUAUCAAGCGUUGCGAAUAAAGAUAAAGAAGGAAAAAGGAUUGCUGAACGCUUCCGUGGUAGGUGAGAAUGGUGAGGAACCGGUUUCCACUGAUCCCAUAUUAACGCCCGAAGAAGAUUCGGAUGAGCUAGCCAAUAAACGGCAAACCCGUUCAGAUGCCCGAACUAAGAAAACGACUAAAACGCCAGCUAAACUACCACCGGUGAAUCGCUGUCCGCGGACAAUGACAUCUCCCUUGAGUGUGGUCAUUAAACAAGAACCGAUGGAAGCGGACGAACGGGUGCAGGAAAGUGUAACAUAUCCGGCGCAACAUAGUCCACCGGAGGCCACACACUUCGACAUGUCGACGGUACGAAUUAAACAGGAACCGCAAGAAGACGACACCCGACCGUGCAGUUCAACUGCACCUGACUCUGGCGCGGACGAAACAACGGAUCCUUCCGACGAGGUAGCAUUCGACGGGAAGCGCAUUAAGCGAGAGCGUCCGGACGAUGAUCCAGUGUCGCACAAAAGGCAAGCAUCAAACAGUGAUUUCUACAAGAAAGCACUCAAUCCAUUGAGUCUUUCGGGUGUACGGAUUGCUGCGGGCAAAAAGUCGUCCAACAGUCAGCCGAACGUAAUGGCUCACAAAUCUGGCGUUAUGAUUAAUCCGUUUGCUCUGAUGAAGAAAAAGGAUAGUGUGCCAACCGUUACAGAGCAAGAAUCUGGUUCGAAAGACAGCACCGAUUCCUUGGCCGAUCGAACGGAAUGGUUCGGUUUGCCAGUAAUAUCGCAGGUGAAAUCCAUCAAUGCGGUAGAACAUUUAUCGUUGUCGCUUGUGGACACUGUUGCACCAGAAGCAACAGAAGUAUUAGAAGAGCCGCAAAAGAAUACUUCCGUAGAGAUGGACAACCUGCCGCAUACGGAUUCUUCUUCAUCAUCUGAACCGUCUAGUUCAGAAGAAGUAGCAGCAAUAGCAAACAAUGCAUUGCCACAGAAGAACGAUAGUGAGCUAAAAAUUGGAUCCGUAACUACGGUUCCGGAAGUCAACGUACCUCCACCAGAACAACACGCUAGUGAGUUACGGAUUGCAUCUGUAAGUACGAUUCCUGCAGGCAUAGUACCACCACAAGAAAAUGUUAAUGAGCUGAAGAUUACAUCCGUAACUACAGUCCCGGAAGACAUUGUACCGCCACAACAAAAUGUUAGUGAGAAAAUGAUUGCAUCUGUUACUACAAUUCCGGAAGACAAGGUGCAGGAUUGUCAGAGACAAGAGCCAUACAAUGAACAACAAACAUCAGCAGAUAACGCGGUUCAUAACGAUGAUACUGCGAUACCGGCUGAUGUUUCAGAAGCCGAAACUUUGGAAGAUCUGACCCCGCAACAAGUACCAAAAGCUGUUGAAAAAUGCAGUGGGCCGGUUGUGGUAGAAAACAUAGCAACACUUGACGCUGAUCUGGAUAAUGAAGAGCGUAGAACUGAUGAUGAUGAUGAUGAACAAAGGAAGGUUAACAAUGAAGAAGAAAAGCAACUGCUUACCCUUACUUCCGAGUCGUCGGAUGUUGUGCCGGCGAAUAAGGCAGCAACAAGUACGGGUGACGAACAACAAGAGCCACAUACUCAUGACACAGUUACUGCCGAAACUUCCGCUGAAACAGACACAGUUAAAAGUGUUACAGCACUGCCGGAGGAGAUGAAGGAAAACGUCAAUACUGUUACAACAUGCACGGAACAGCAAGAAAAAAGUACCCCUCCGAUGAAAGUUCAGUAGAGGAAGUUCACACAGGGCACACAGAAGGAGUUUUGUGUCGUUGCUAGCAACGAUGAAAUUUUAGCUGGAAUGCAAUAUUGGACAUUUUAAAUUCUGCUGAUGGAUAGUAACUAUUUUCUUCUUAUUUACCAGCUCUAGUAUUUAUUAAGCUUCCAGAACCGGGUUCAUUCGAUUCUACAUGAUAAUGUGUACAGAGCAUUUAAAGUACAAUGAGCCUACUUACUUCUGGCAAAAUUACGAACAGAACACGCCUGUGCUUUGUAAGCAACCAAGUGCUGCAUAUGAUUGCACGUAUGAAGAUGGGGAAUCUUAAUAUUUCAUGCGGUCAAAGCUUAGCUCUAGACUCGCUGGUGAAAACUCAAGUAGGAAUGCUUCUUUUUUGUUUCGGAAGGAAUAUCUUUUGCAAAAACGGCAAUGUGACGAAACAGAAGGUAUGUGGAAACUUAUGUUUAAGUAGACAUGGACGGCAUGGUAACAUCGUGUAUGAGAAUUAAAUUUUAAAGAAUUACACUAUAAUUAUCAUCGAAACUGCAGUGUAUUUGACGUGUAAGAACAUAUGAAUAUAAAUAUACCUAAAUGAUAAAGAAUCCCUUUAAAA